AUGUCUGAUGAAGAAGAAGAAAGGCAUGAAGAUCUAAAGGGUAUUAAAGAGAAUUUUCAGAUUCUUGAGAAGAGACUAAGGGCAAUGGAAGGUGACCAAGUCUUUGGUGCUACUGCUAGGGAGAUGUGCCUAGUAUCUAGUCGUGUAAUUCCUGUGAAAUUCAAGACUCCUGACUUUGAUAGAUACGAGGGCCAUACAUGUCCUAAGAUCCAUCUUAUUAUGUACUACCGGAAAAUGGCUGCCCAUGUUGAAGACGGUAAGCUCAUGAUCCACUUCUUUCAAGACAGUUUGAAAGGCGCCCCCUCUAAGUGGUACCUAAGCCUCGAUCAAAGUCAUAUCCGGUGUUUCCAAGACUUGUCUGAUGAUUUCAUAAAGCAUUACAAAUACAACAUGGAUAUGGAUCCAUACAUAAGACAAUUGCUGAAUAUGUCUCAAAAAGACAACGAGUCAUUUAAAGAGUAUGCACAACGUUGGAGAGAGAUGGCCUCUCAGGUUGAAGCACCUUUGGCAGAAAAAGAAUUAGCCGAUUGGUUUAUGGAUACUGUACAACCAAUGUUCUAUGAGAGGAUGGUGGGCAGUGUGUCUGCAAGUUUUUCUGACUUGGCAGCUGUAGGCAUUAAAGUUGAACUCGGUUUAAAGAAUGAAAAAAUGAUUAGUGCUGCUGGAACUUCUAAUAACCACAAUGCUAAGAAGUUUUCUGAAAAUUUUCAUAAAAAAAGGAAGGAGAUACGAAUGUUGUGUCUUCCAGUCGAGGAAGGAUAUGUUCAACAACAUGUGGCAACAAUUGGGCCAAAUUUCAACCAACAACAAGUACCUGUUUAUCAACCAUUUCAACAAACACCAAUUUAUCAACCCGCUCAGGUUGCUCCUACAUAUCAACAAGCGCCUGCAGCCCCAACAUAUCAGCAACCAAAAGCUCAAGCUCCACGUCAGAAUGCAUCGUCUCAGAAUAGAAGACAAGGUGUUAAACCUCCCUCCAGUCCGAUUCUGUUGAUGUAUACUGAGUUAUAUCCUUCUCUAUUGCAAAAGGGGUUAGUGGUUCCUAGACCUUUGGGUCCACCUCCUGAUCCUCUGCCUCCAUGGUAUAACCCAAAUGCUCAUUGCCCUUUCCAUGAGGGUGCACCUGGGCAUGAUUUAGAAGGAUGUUAUGCUUUGAAGAAUAUAGUGCAAGAAUUGGUGGAAAAGAAGAUUCUUUCAUUCAGAGACUUGAGGCCUAAUGUCAAGAGUAAUCCUUUGCCUGCACAUGAAACUGUUAAUGCAAUUGAAGAAGCAUAUGAUGGUGAUGUGAUCAAAGAUGUUGCAAAUAUCAAGACUCCUUUGAUAGCGUUCCAUGCGAGACUAGUAGAAGCUAGUUUAGUUAGUGCUUGUCGUACAGAUUGUGAAGAAUGUGCCAUUCAUCCUGGAGGAUGUGAGAUGGUACGAAAAGAUAUCCAGGACUUGAUGGACCAAGGAGUGUUACAAGUUAGUAGCCUCGUGAGAAGAGAUGGAGUAGCUGUAAUUGAGCCAUUUUUCAAUUUACCAGAGGCAGUUGAGAUAACCUAUAGAAGAAAAGAUAUUGUUCAACCGGUUAAUCACCCACCACCCGUGGUUAUCUGCAUGCCUAAUCCUUUCCCCUACGAAAAUACUAAGGCAGUACCAUGGAAAUAUGAUAUAACUGUCAUUGGCAAAGAGUUUGAAGAGGUUAGACAAGAGGAAAGUUUGAAGGUUGAUAGCGCCGAUGUCGCAAACAUCGCAGGGACAAGCCAAAUGAACCGUAGUGGGAGGAUUUACACUCCCCAGUUUAAUGUGGCCUCUAAAGCACCAACCAAAGAAACUACAGCUACAAUCCCUAUUAGGGAGCAAAAUAUGGUUCAAUCCAAUGAAGAUGUUGAAUUUUUGAAGAUUAUUAAAAAGAGUGAUUCCAAAGUAGUUGAUCAGCUGCACCAGACGCCAUCAAAAAUUUCCAUUUUGUCCUUGCUUAUGUGUUCCCCAGCUCAUAGGAAUGCAUUGCUGAAAGUACUAGCGCAAGCCCACGUCACUCAAGAUAUAAUGGUUGGCCAGUUUGAUGGAGUGGUUGCCAAUAUCACAGCUUGUAACACCCUGAGUUUCAAUGGUGGAGAGUUGCCAAAGGAAGGACAAAAUCACAAUCGCGCCUUGUAUGUGUCAGUGAAGUGCCAAGAGGAUACUCUAGCAAGAGUUUUAGUGGAUACCGGGUCCUCCCUCAAUGUUCUACCGAAGAAGACACUUGAUAAAUUAGCUUUUCAAGGAUCAGAAAUGAGGCCUAGUGCACUGAUUGUCAAAGCAUUUAAUGGGUCCCAGAGGACUGUGAUUGGUGAAGUGAAGUUACCAAUUCUGAUUGGUCCACAUGUAUUUAACAUAAAUUUCCAGCUCAUGGAUGUCAACCCUGCCUAUAGUUGCCUAUUGGGGCGACCUUGGAUACAUGCCGCUGGGGCAGUAACCUUUACUUUACAUCGGAAAAUGAAGUUUGUCAUCAAUAAUAAGCUUGUAAUCAUCUCUGGUGAAGAAGAUCUCAUAGUUAGUCAUCUCUCUUCCUUUUGUUACAUCGAGGCUGACAAAGAUGCCUUGGAAACUUCUUUCCAAGCUCUGGAGAUAGCCAAUGCCACUUUUGUGGAAGUGAAGGAAUCUAUGGAGAAAGUCAUCCCGUCAUUUGCAUCUAUGAAGAGUACAAAGAUAACUAUUGAGAAUGGGAGUCCUGAAGGUUGGGGAAAAGUUAUUGACAUCAGCAUGAAGAAAGAUUGUUUCGGUUUGGCGUACAAGCCAUCCACUAAAGAAGGAGCCCUGGUCCCUACAAAGGAUCGUAUGCGAAGAAUUCAAGAAGUAUUCCUCAGUGCAGGCUAUGUCUAUGGAGAUAAAGUCAAUGCAGUUGAAGAAGACACUGAAGAUAAAGUCAUGAUAAAUCUGGUGUAUCAGUGUGAAGCAACUUUGACCAAUUAG